AUGUCACCUUCGUCCCGUACGCCUAGCGUCCAGUUCCGCGAUACAGACAACGAAGCCCCUGAUGGGCCUGCAUCUCGGGGGCCGUCUCGGCCUUCAUCGGUGUAUGGAGAAGAUGGAGAACAACCGCGAGGAAGGUCAUUCAUAACGAGAUUGAAGUCAUUGGCUGCAUCCCCACCAUUUGCAUCACACUCUAGGUCUGCGAGUGGAGCCACAAUCGGUGACUUCCGUCCAGUCCCAGCCGAUACGGUGACCCCAGGCUCUGAGCGCGGCGAAUUUCGCUUUCCUGAGCCUCUGACCGAGGAAGGGAGUGACGCAGACGCUGAUGCAGAGGAGAGUGGUGGUGAGCAACAGAAUGAACGUCCUAAAAGAAAGAGAAUCUUGCGACGUCGACGACAGACGGACGAAGACCUUGGAAACCGCACUGCUCCUACGACCCCCAAAACUACACGCCGCCCAUCUUUCCACUUUUCUUCCUCAUUUGCUCCCUUUGAGAACUACCGGAUCAACCCGUUCCCCCGCCGAGCAAGCACUACGGACUUUACGCCUCAGCCCCGCGAGGGUGUGUCCGAGGAUGAGGGUCGUGCCCAGCUCAACCGCCGCAAGCGGAGUGCAUUGACCACUCGAGGCUUCUCUUAUAUUGGAAGGCAACAGCAGGAUGGUAAUCAGGAUGAACAGCAGCGACCCAGUCAGCUAAGGCGACUCACCGGCAUUGGAGGCCCAUCGGAAAAUAAUGAGAGCCUUGCGGCUACUUGGAGACGCCAUCGAAACGAGCGGGGUACUAGUGCUAGUGCGCAGCGCUGGAGACAGAUCAAAGCUGGUCUUAAGUUGAUCGGUCAACGGCGCAGGCCGGAAAAUGCGGUGGACAACAAGAAGUCAGCAGAGCUGCUCGCUGAACUGUCCUCGGCCGUGCCCGCUGCGCUUAUCCUAGCCAGUGCCUUCCAACGAGAUGAACAUGGAAGCAAGCGAAUUCCAAUCCUCUUGGAGCAAUUGAAAGUUCGCGUUACCGACAGUCGAAUUGACUCGCACUCCGGUGACCGUCACCUGGUGUUCCGCAUUGAACUGGAGUACGGAAGCGGCAUGACACGAAUGAAGUGGGUCAUCUUCCGAACCUUGAGAGAUUUUGCCAAUCUCCAUCUGAAGUACAAGCUUCACCUUGGCACACAAAAGUACAUUCAGCUACGGACGAGCGAGAACAGCCCCAGUCUUCCUCGUUUCCCCAGAAGUGCUUUCCCUUAUAUGCGUGGUGUUCGUGGACUGGAAAGCGAGUUCGAAGAUGAGGAAGAGGAUGGCGGAUACGAGACCGGGCCCGAGGGCAUGAGUGGUACCGAAAGGGCAUCAAAGAAGAAGGGCAAGAACCCGCAGUAUCAGCGCAGACCUUCUCAGGGUAUUGCUCGGCGAAAGUCUAGCAUCACCAACCAAGAAGGGGAGUCUGCUGCUGCACCGUCGUCCACACACGAAGGGGCUGGUGGUAGGCGAGAGACGUAUCCCGAAAGACAGCGGAAGAAGCUGGAGCUUUACCUGCAGAAGAUGAUUCGGUUCUUGAUCUUCCGGGCUGACAGCAACCGCCUGUGCAAGUUCCUCGAGCUAUCUGCUCUUGGUGUACGUCUUGCCGCCGAAGGCAGCUACCACGGUAAAGAAGGCUUCCUAAUCAUUCAAUCUUCAAAGGGCCUCGACUUCCGACGAGCUCUGACCCCUUCGUUGAUCAAGAAGCGGCAUUGGCCCAAGUGGUUCCUUGUCCGUCAUAGCUAUGUGGUGUGCGUGGAUUCACCCGAGGAGAUGAACAUUUACGAUGUCUUCUUGAUCGAUUCCCACUUCAAGAUGCAAACACAGAAGAUCAGCCUUCGAAAUCAAAAGGCGAAGGAUUUGGCAAAGUCAGCCAAGGACUCUGCCAGACACCCGCAACACCACACUCUUCGACUGGAGAACUCUGAGCGCAAGUUGAAGUUAUUGGCCCGAAACGAACGUCAACUUUUGCAGUUUGAAGAGUCGAUUCGUUUCAUGGCCGAAAACACCCCGUGGAUGCAGCCAAACCGGUUCGACAGUUUCGCUCCGGUGCGUCAGAAGUGCUUUGCGCAAUGGCUGGUCGAUGGCCGAGACCACAUGUGGGUUGUGUCCAGAGCUAUCAACCAGGCGAAGGAUGUUAUUUAUAUCCAUGAUUGGUGGCUCAGCCCUGAACUAUACAUGCGACGCCCUGCUGCCAUCAGCCAAAAAUGGCGUCUGGACCGUCUCUUGCAGAAGAAGGCCCGAGAAGGUGUCAAGGUCUUUGUGAUCAUGUACCGCAACAUCAACUCUGCCAUCCCAAUUGACUCGGAAUACUCUAAGUUCUCUCUGCUUGAGCUUCACCCCAACAUCUUCGUCCAGAGAUCCCCGAACCAGUUCCGCCAGAACACUUUCUUCUGGGCCCAUCACGAGAAGCUUUGUCUUAUCGAUCACACGUUGGCUUUUGUGGGAGGAAUUGACCUGUGCUUCGGUCGGUGGGAUACACCCCAGCAUUCGCUCACCGAUGAUAAGCCUACUGGCUUCGAAACUGCCGACAUGCCCAAGGAUGCGGAUCACUGCCAACUCUGGCCUGGAAAGGAUUACUCAAACCCUCGUAUUCAAGAUUUCUAUGAUUUGGACAAACCAUACGAGGAGAUGUAUGAUCGCAGUGUCGUGCCUCGUAUGCCUUGGCAUGAUAUCUCGAUGCAUGUGGUCGGCCAGCCCGCACGAGAUUUGACUCGCCACUUCGUUCAGCGCUGGAACUAUAUUCUUCGCCAGCGCAAGCCUACUCGGCCAACUCCUUUCCUGUUGCCUCCUCCGGACUUCAACCCAGCUGACCUAGAAGCUUUGGGUCUUGAUGGAACCUGUGAGGUGCAAAUUCUGCGCUCCAGCAGCAUGUGGUCAACAGGAACGCCAGAUGUCACCGAACACAGUAUUAUGAAUGCCUAUGUCAAGAUGAUUGAAGAGUCUGAGCACUUUGUCUACAUCGAGAACCAGUUCUUCAUCAGUACUUGUGAAAUUGAUGGCAGGAAGAUUGAAAACCUGAUUGGUGAUGCUUUGGUAGAGAGAAUCGUCCGAGCAGCCAAGAAUGAGGAAGCUUGGCGUGCGGUUAUUGUGAUCCCACUGAUUCCCGGCUUCCAAAACACCGUGGAUAGCGAGGGUGGUACCAGUGUGCGUCUUAUCAUGCAGUGUCAAUACCGCAGUAUCUGCCGUGGCGAGACCUCCAUCUUCGGCCGUCUUCGCUCGCUUGGUAUCGAGCCCGAGGACUAUAUUCAGUUCUUCAGCUUGCGAGCCUGGGGCAAGAUUGGUCCGCAGAAGCAGUUGGUGACCGAGCAACUGUACAUUCACGCAAAGUGCAUGGUUGUUGAUGAUCGUGCCGCCAUUAUUGGAUCAGCCAACAUCAACGAGCGAUCUAUGUUGGGAUCGCGCGACUCCGAAGUCGCUGCCAUUGUUCGGGAUACUGACAUGAUUCCAUCCACCAUGGCCGGCAAGCCUUUCCUUGUUGGUCGAUUCCCACACACUCUUCGCAUGCGUCUGAUGCGAGAGCACCUUGGUAUCGACGUCGAUGAGCUUUUGGAGCACGAUUUCUCUACCGAAGAGGAGCUCCGCAAGAUCCAGGUCGUCGAAGAAGGCACACAGACGACCGACGGGCGAGAACGUCGAGAAUCAGAGUCUUCCAUGAUUGAACGACAGGAUGAGCGUGAGAUGAUGGAGCGCCGUCAUCGCGUUCAAGACGAAUUCCUGUCUCGCUCGGAACACAUGCACAGCUUCAACCAUGAUGUUGACUGGGAACAGGGUAAAAACCCUAAUCUGAAGAGCAACCGCCGCCUGACUUCCGAUCCGCGUGUUACCGAUAACCCUGAACACAAGAAAGACGUCGAUGGCGAUGGUGUUGACCGCUUGAUUGAUGCCGAAAAGGCCGGUCUGGGAGUCGGCCGUGAUUCACAAAUGUCACCAGAUGGGCGGGAGGCCCUCCUUUCGCCAAUUGCCGCUGAAGGAAAGGGUACCGUUGAACAGCCCAAACACGUUCCGGAGCGAAAGCCACCUCGGGCUACAUCCACACGCAAAGACGGGAAGCAAAGCUGCUCGGUUGAAAAUGCUCGUGACUCUGAGACUACUACCAACUCCGACACCCCGUCGCAGGGGCAUACCGCUUCUGGCUCAUCAGGCCGCGAGUCCGCCGUCGGCAGCGGCGGUUUAUACGUGUCUAAGGAAACACAGGACAACUCAACCUACGGCAACCCACUCAUCCCAGAUCUGAAGCGAAUAUUCGUCGACAAAGACUGUAUGAAGGACCCGGUCAAUGAUAACUUCUACCUGGACACGUGGCAAGCCCUUGCGGAGAAGAACACCAAGAUCUACCGUUCUGUAUUCCGCUGCAUGCCAGACAGCGAGGUUAAGAACUGGAAGGAGUACAAAGAGUAUGCGACAUAUGGUGAGCGCUUUGCAGAGAUGCAGAGCCAGCAGGGCAGCAAACCGGCCCCUUCAUCGAACCAGAAGCAAAACGGCCCAACCAGUGCAGGUGUCAGUUCCACUGGACUUGCUUCAUCUACAUCGGUUGCUAGUCCUAGAUCUGAAGGAUUCCCGAGUGACUUAAAGGCUCCUCAAACAAUUGACGAGAAGGCCGAGCUUGCCAAACCGGAUGCCAACGGUGCUCCGCAAUCCGAUCUGGCCAAGCAAGAAACCCUGUCGUCUAUUGACGAGAAGGCAGCACUGAAGACCGCAUCAGACCCUCACUUGCUGAACACCGCGCAGAAUAACGAGGAUAGUAUCGCUGUUGAGGAUGCAGAGAAGCCGCGUGCCGCAUCUGCCCAUGUCGAUUACUCUGAGGCCGUGAACUUGAAUGCGACGACUUCGACAUCGCAGUCUCGUAGACGCAGAAGACGGGCUACCACCAUCGGAUCCAAGGGUGGCGUCCAUGGGAUGGAUGAAAUUAUGGACAAGCAGCGCGCUGAAGACCUUUUGAACAAGGUCCAGGGCCAUCUCAUCCUUUGGCCAUAUGACUGGCUUGAGAAGGAAGAGCAAGGUGGAAACUGGCUGUAUGCCUUGGACCAGAUCUCUCCUCUGGAAAUUUAUAAUUAA